AGGCGACCCGGAGAGAGCUAGUCAUUUUGGAGAGCACAAAGCCAGCGAGGAACUCCUCAGUUCACUUCAACUGAUAUUUAUUUAUUUAUCUAUUUAUUCUGAGCCUUGCUUUGGGAUGAACAGACUGCUUCUGAACUUUUUCUGGGUGGCAGCAUUCAGCGCACUCCUGUCAGCGCCGGGGCUCCGGGCUUCUCCAGUGGUUGGGCAGGAACCGAUCCGCUGCGUCCCGUGCUCCCCGGAGCGGCUGGCCGAGUGUCCAGCGGUGGAUGCCGGCUGUGAGGAGGUGCUUCGAGAGCCGGGCUGCGGCUGCUGCCUCGCCUGUGCGUUGAAGAGAGGUGACUCGUGCGGGAUCUACACUGCGCCCUGCGGCUCGGGGCUCCGUUGCUUGCCCAAACCUGGAGAAGCCCGGCCCCUGCACGCGCUCACCCGAGGACAGGCGGUGUGCACCGAUAACCCCGAGCCUGAUCAGAACCAAAGCGACAACACGCCAGAUCAGCCGGAGUCACACAACGGGCCAACCGCAGUGAAUGAAGGCGGCUCAGCGGUGUUCGUGCCCGGCCACGGCAAGCCCUUCGACCCGAGGGUCAUCGCUGCUAAAGAGAGCAUGAAGGCCAAAAUCAACGCAAUACGCAAUAAACUCAUACAACAGGGUCCUUGUCAUAUUGACCUGCAGACAGCCCUUGACAAGAUCACUAAAUCACAGCAGAAACUGGGAGACAAAAUGACCAGAUUCUACCUUCCAAAUUGUGACAAACACGGUCGCUACAAAGUCAAGCAGUGUGAAUCAUCUCUGGAUGGUCAGAGGGGGAAGUGUUGGUGUGUGUCAUCCUGGAACGGGAAGAAGAUUCCUGGAUCAAGUGACCUGCCAGCAGAUGCCGAGUGUCCCGAGGAACUCAACCACUAAUCUGUCUCACACACACACACACACACACACAUGCUGGAGGAUCUGAAGUGCUCAACCACUGAUCUCUCUCUCACACACAUACAUAUUAUACCACUGAUUUUUAUCAUUAUAUAUUUUUUAAAAUAUCUUAGUAUUUAUUUAUUAUUAGUGGUGGUAUUUAAUUCAGGUACACUGUUUUUGAUUGGUAAACUCCCAAAA